AGUGAGAGAGAGAAGUAUAGAGAGAGAGAGAGAGAGUGGAUCGACUCAGAUUGCCUCUGGGGCUUUGGCUGCUGCCCUGAAAUUGGUGUCUUCAAUCAAUCAAGCAAAUGGCUUUGAAUGGGAAGAAGUAGUAAAAACACACACAGGUGUAUGGUGUUGCGAAGGCAAGAAAGGGAAGAAGAGGAUCCAGAAACGACACCACGAUUCGAUACAACUUCUCUCUUCUCUUCUCUUCUACAACACUUGUGCUCUAUUCACAAACAAUCAGAUUCAAAACCAUGUCAAACACUCACCCCAUGACGACAUAGACCCUUCUCUCUACUGUACAUAUAUAUAUAUCUCUCUCUUCUGUCUCCUCCGACUUUCUAAACCAUGGCCGCUUCUUCCGUCGUCUGUUCAUGGCUCGUAGCUGCUUGCAUGUCCAUUGCUUGUGAAAAAGACGGCGGCGCCUUCUCCAAACAGUCCACGAUGCUUCAUUUCUCUCCAUCUAAGCGAUUGAGCAGUCGUUCACGACGCCGAAGGUUUUUGUCCAAAUGCGCCGCUUCUUCUGACUUCACCAAUACCCAUAUAUCCUCUUCCUUCCGUGAAUCGACCUUCCAGGGUUUGAUGACCUCUUGCUUGACCACAUUCGAGCCAUGCGAUGCUUAUAACAACUCAAAAGGCAUCUGGACUUCCGACUUGUUUGGUGACAAUGGAUUUACUUCCCUUUUCGGAUCGAGAAAUGUUCCUCUCAGUCGAAGGAAGUCCAAGAUGAUCAAUCGAGCUAUUCAUUCAGGAGAGGUGAUGGCUGUAGCUGUAGAACCGGCCAUGGACACAUCCACUAAGAAGAAACCUCCUAUAAAGCAGCGGAGAGUAGUUGUGACAGGAAUGGGGGUGGAAACACCACUUGGUAGCGAUCCAGAUGUUUUCUAUGCUAAUCUUUUAGAGGGUGUAAGUGGAGUCAGUGAGAUUGAAGCUUUUGAUUGUUCACAAUAUUCAACGAGAAUUGCUGGAGAGAUAAAGUCUUAUUCAACAGAUGGAUGGGUUGCUCCUAAACUAUCAAAGAGGAUGGACAAUUUUAUGCUAUAUAUGCUCACAGCUGGAAAGAAAGCCCUAGAAGAUGGACUAAUCACUGAUGAAGCAAUGGAUGAGAUAGAUAAAACUAGGUGUGGGGUUUUGAUUGGCUCCGCUAUGGGUGGCAUGAAGGUUUUCAAUGAUGCUAUAGAAGCUUUAAGGGUAUCUUACAGAAAGAUGAAUCCAUUUUGUGUACCUUUUGCUACAACAAACAUGGGCUCAGCAAUGCUUGCAAUGGAUCUGGGUUGGAUGGGUCCAAACUAUUCAAUAUCUACCGCUUGUGCCACAAGCAACUUCUGUAUAUUGAGUGCUGCAAAUCAUAUCAUCAGAGGUGAAGCUGACAUGAUGCUUUGUGGUGGUUCCGAUGCUGCAAUCAUACCCAUUGGAUUGGGCGGCUUUGUGGCUUGUAGGGCGCUUUCUCAAAGGAAUAGUGAUCCAACCAAAGCUUCACGACCAUGGGACACUAACCGUGAUGGAUUUGUAAUGGGAGAAGGUGCUGGUGUUUUGCUGUUGGAAGAAUUGGAGCAUGCUAAGAAAAGAGGUGCAAAAAUUUAUGCAGAGUUUCUUGGUGGCAGCUUCACUUGUGAUGCUUAUCACAUGACAGAACCUCAUCCUCAAGGAACUGGAGUUGUUUUAUGCAUAGAAAAGGCCUUAGCUCAGUCUGGGGUUUCUAGAGAGGAUGUCAACUAUAUAAACGCCCAUGCUACAUCAACACCAGCCGGAGAUCUAAAGGAGUAUGAAGCUCUCAUUCGUUGUUUCGGCCAGAAUCCCGAGCUAAGGGUUAAUUCUACAAAAUCCAUGAUUGGUCAUCUGUUAGGUGCAGCCGGAGCUGUGGAAGCAGUUGCAACCAUUCAGGCAAUAAGAACUGGAUUUGUGCAUCCAAAUAUCAAUCUUGAAAAUCCAGAUGAAGGCGUGGAUAUGAAGGUGCUGGUCGGUUCUAAGAAGGAAAGACUGGACAUUAAGGUGGCCUUGUCGAAUUCUUUCGGGUUUGGUGGGCACAACUCGUCGAUCUUAUUCGCUCCUUACAAGUAAAAGCGUAAACUACUUGUAAUCGUGUUUUGUUUUUUUAUUUUGCAAUUGGGGGGCAAAUUUGUCCUGAACUGAUGAGUUUUUGGACUUCAUCAUCAUCAUUGCUGUAACCUUUGUUUAAAGCUCAUCUUUGUAGCUGACUUAACUGAAGCAACAAUGCAAGUUUUCAAUUUCAAAUUGUAAUGGGAUUUCAACAACUUAUGUUUUCUUAAUAAACUUGUAUAUUUUGUUGGUUU